AUGUUCCUUAGAGAUGAACUUCAUUCAUGUUCAUCCGUUUGUCAAAAUGGCGGUGAAUGCACAGGUCCUACAACUUGUACAUGUGCUACAGGAUGGGGUGGAGACACGUGUACAACUGCUAUAUGCACAAAUGGCUGUCAAAACAAUGGUACAUGUACAGCUCCUGAUAAUUGUACAUGUGCCACAGGAUGGACUAAUUCAACAUGUGACACCGGUAUAUGCACAAAUGCCUGUCAAAAUGGUGGCAAUUGUACAGCUCCUGAUACUUGCUCAUGCGUAGCCGGUUGGAGUGGUGCUACACGACGACGACAACAACUACAACAACCACAACAACAACAAAUACAGAAACAACUACAACGACGACGACGACAACUACAACAACCACAACAACAACGAAUACAGAAACAACUACAACCACAACAACAACAACGACGAAGACAACAAGCACAACAACGACGACGACGACGACCACAACCACAACCACAACAACAACGACAACCACAACCACAACGACGACGACAACUACCACAACAACGACAACAAAAACCACAACAACGACGACAACAUCAACAACAAAUCGUGAGUGAGAUGUCAGAUUAUUUGUAA